CUCGAACGCCGGAGUGACUCGAACGUCUCUCCCCGUUGCUUUCCUCGACUCUUUCCAUUUCAUCGUCGGUGACCCGAGGAACGCACUCUACUGUUCGAGGAAUUUUCCGCAUCAUCAUCAGUCAUGGCUCAGCUCUGAGCAUUCUUAGGCGGUUGGCAGAUUCCACUGCAAUGCCCUUUAGGCAGCAACGGAAGCCUCCAAAUGGCGGCUCCCGCCAACGUUCGCUCCCUAAUCGACUCCGCUCAGCAUCAACAGUCAACGCUCUCCGUUCCUAGCGAGGUCACAAACAUACCUACAACACUGCGCAGAGAUGGCCUUCCAGCGGGCCCAUGCAAUUAUCGAGACCUAAGUGCCGGCCCAAGACCACCAGGCUGUGGCUGCCGCAGAUUCUGGCUCGGCCCAGCUGUUGGUCUUCUCGGACUGGACACGCCUUCCAGUCAAGCACCGUGGUGUGCAUGUGGUCAUCACGCGUGCUUUCAUGACAAGGAGGAACUCUCGAAGAGGCAGGAUGGGGCUACCGAGCCGUCCAACAUCGCCAAGAAAGGGUCAAAUAAACACCGUGACGCCUCUGCAUCGCGGACAACUGCAGCCGCAAGUCGAACUUGGCAUGAGCAGCACGUAUCGCCCGUGCAGCUUCUCAAUCAGACAUUACUGCAGCAACACCCGGCCCCAGGAUGUGGCCAUUCCGGUCUCCCGUCGAUUCCAUCCUUUCACUUAACGUCAUCGGAACUUCAUGGUCACACGAAAUGCAAUGGAUCUAUAGGGCUAGGCUUGGAUUUUUCGCGAAGGCUUCAUUCAACAAAUAUAGAUAGCGAAAGUCCUACAGUCGCGGACGUUGACGACCUUCCGGGUACAGAUCCCGUUCCCUCCACCCGCCAGGCAUCCACCGAGAACCAGGCCAGCCCCAGCGGAGCGUUCAUGCGACACAUUGUUGAUCAACGUCGUCUUACGGCCCAAGUAGAACCCAUUCAUGAAGAGAAACUGGCAGCUGCCUUAGGCUCCGGCAAUGUUAUCGAAAGCGUAACUGAAGUCGCUACCCCAAAUGUCGCUGCUGUCCCCACCUUAUGCAGUUCAGAUCAUCUAGUUCGAUGUGCCACCGACCUUAUAAAUGAUCUCGAACGUGGAGUUACCGCUGUAGUUAAGGCGCAGACGCAAAACUCCCAGCAAUCCUCUGCAAAUCAUAGACUAGAUCCAGUACUACGCAACGAGGCCGAAGACCCGACGUCUACCCUGACUCAAACCACCCAAGACGCAAUAGCAGAGAUCCCCAACACGCUCCGGCGCCUUGUGCCGCUGCUCAACUCGCUCCGAAACGAAAUCAGUCGAAGCCUGGACAUCUCAGUCCAUGAAUCAAUCAACAGCCUUGUCAAACGCUUGGAUGCGUUGGAAAAUGUUUCUUUUCACCAGAUCCCUCCAGAACAUAUCCACGAGCAGCUUCAACAUCUAGAUGUUCGUUUACUGGACCUUGAAUCGAAAUUGGAUGAGCACAGCCGCUUGAUUUCAGCUCUCGACCUAGAUGUAAGCAAUCAACAAGCCAAGGAUCGGAAUAAGAGAGCACUCAAUGAGACCGCUUCCUUUGUCAGUGAUGCCUCUGGGAAGAGUUUGGGUUCAGUAACUUCAAGCGCUUUGAUCGCUACUGCUAUUGACAGGGUUGAGGCGGCGAAGAGACUGAAAGAUGUUGAAUGUCGCCUUGACAUCCUAGAGGCAAUUCAAAUGCCCUCCACGAGUAUGCCUUGGGAAGUCGAAGUCGUUCUUCUGCCCUGGGGACGGAAUUUACGAGGGAUAUGGUACGAUUUUGCUGACAUCGUAAAACCUGGAAUGACUCAAGAAGAUGAUGAUUGGACGAUAACAAUGGCGGGCAGAAAUGUGUCACGAGCAUCGCUCACAUUCGCAGAGAGUGGCUGGAGUGAUAGAGCUAUCGACCAUUGGGCGAGUCGCGACCAGGGAAAACUCUACCCUAAAGCAUCUGGAGUCAAUAGCAUUGUCUAUCAUCGCCUGAAAAGCCGGGGACUAGUUCGAAGCAUGACGCUUACAUCUCCUGGUGCACGAGAUCUCAUUAAUUCCGCCGUCAAAGCGUUUGGCAGUCUGUUGUAUGACAUGUCUCAAGCAAAGGAUGAGAAUGCCAUGGAUGACGGUAACGAGGAGGGUCUACUAGGCUUUACCUCCCCGUUCAUCCCUUUGCGUAAAGUUCACAAAUCUUCCUGUCUGAAAUUCUUGACGGACGCCGAGCUCGUUUCGCCAUCACUCUGGAACGCCGAGUUCCUGGCAUCGGGAGUUUUGAUGCGUGCUCCUGGUGGCCAAAAACGACUCUUCGUCACUACUCAGGAAGGUUACAAACAAGAUGGAUGGGAUGGAUGGACUUGGUCAAGCUUACGGCAGCUACCUCGAAUCCAUGAUCUACGCAAAGAACGCUUGUCGGAUCAAGAUGUCCCUGAAGCAGAUGCGCUGGAGCCCUGUUGGAAGUAUCAUCACGCCAUUGAUGAAAUCGAAAGUGUCCAGACUCCAUCAUAUAAGAUCGAUCGGACAGGACGAAAGCGUUCAAGGAGUGCAAGCCAUUUCUCCUUCGUUGCAUCGGACACCUCCCAGAACAUGCAGCGUGACAUGACGCCCAGUAGAACAUUCAAUCACCCGAUCACACCAACAUCUGAAUUUCCUCCUACGCAGGCAUCAUCCAAUUACCGACGCAAACUCAGCGCAUUCUCGACAUCUUUAAGCGACGCUGCACACUCUGGCCGGGCCUUUGUAAACUCUGUUCCUCAACUUACUCGGCCGACAUCUCAGCAAUCCAAACGUCGAAUCCGCUCUUUUGAACAGAUUGCGAAUCCUUCGUUGAUUGCGGCACUGCCAAGUUUUGUUCCAUCAGCUGUAAAGGGAUCACAUCGGUCUAUAUCAGCACGCAUAAAAAAGCGUCGCCGCGUUGCACGUUCCAAAUCUACUUCCUCUGCUGAAUUUGCAAAUCAGACACCCUCCCAUUUAGAUGUUCAAAGUUUGCACCCUGAAGUAGAUCCUGAGCAGGUGCUUAGACACUUGCGCGAUGUAAUUCCAAGCGGGGGUGCGAUCAAGCCCUUGAGCCAUUUCGAACCAAAGACAAAAUCUGGGUCAAAAAGACACAGCGUUUCACUUGAGCAGGACGCCGUCCAAGUACGUGCUAAUGGAGGUAACGAGAAGCGUGGCGUUACACCAAGUGCAUAUGCGACACCUUACAGUGGGACGAUCACCGGUGUUGGAGACUUUGAGGAUGAAUACAUGCCAAGUGAAAGCGGCGAAGACGAUUGGGGUGGAGUCGAUGAAGAUCGGAUCUCUUCGGACACCAAUGAACACGAGAUAGACGAUGAUAUGAGCGUGGACGAGAGUAGUGCUCCAGAUGAGUUGGAUGACUAUAAUACUAAUGAAGAUGAACCUGACCCGCUCCUGGAUGGCGAUGACGAGUGGAGUUCUUCUGAAGAUGAACUACAAUUUGGAUAAAACAGAAAAUGUUUGGGUCAUGAUGGCUUUUUGAAUGGCAGGUGCGUUUCUGAGAGCGAGUUAGAAGUUGCACAAAAGCAUAGAGUUGCAAGUUGUCUUUAUAUCCACCAUCUCGCCUCUUUACACCAUUCUGUAGACUAUCAACUAAUAUCUGAUACCCCUUAAAUCAUGUAUUUGUUGCUCGCAAAGUUCAAUUGGGCCUCAGGAAGCUUACAUCUGAAUGGACCUCAGAACAGAAACUGAAAUGGCGAGUGACAUCACUGUAAAUUUAGACACGUCCUAGGCAAACCAACUGAUCAAAC